CAGCCUCGUGCCUGCCUAUGAUGGGAAUAAACUCAUAAAUAACGUCAAUGCGUGCCUUCAAUAUUAGAUCUAACUUUGGGAUGGACUUGUUAUCGGACGUGACUUCCUAUAAAUAUGAUUUCUUAAUGCGAUGAAGCUCACCCGCCCCUUUAUUUCGCCUCCACCUUGUCCUUUCACCAUUUCUGUUUUCAGUUAAUUCUUCCACCUCACCGUGUCGCAUCGCAUCGCCGAUUAAAAUAUAAUUCUCGACAACCCUAUUCUUACCACUGUCGCGUCUUCUCGAGAAUACAUAUGUACUAGAAGAUAAAUAAGUCAACAUGAAUAUACCUAUACGCGCUAUCGACGAGCCCGGCAUUCGGGCCCCUCCUGAUGUAGUCCAAGGACUACGCCAAGAAGUCGCCCAUAUACUUCACCGAACCUCGAGCGCAUUCCCCGGUGCGCAACCCGUCAGUUUCACGCGCAAGCACCUUGAUGAGUUACUACAAGUAGACUACUACGUCUGCGAGAAGUCCGAUGGCAUUCGCUACCUACUCUAUCUAGCCGCCGACGAGAACGGCCAAGAGGUUCACUACCUGAUCGAUCGUAAGAACGAAUAUUGGUAUAUCCAAGCAGGCUCCCUCCAUUUCCCCCUACCCGGCAACCACCAAGCCUUCCACCGCGGCACAAUACUAGAUGGAGAGUUAGUGGUAGACAGGCUACCCGACGGGCGCCAAGAGCCCCGAUACCUAGUUUUCGAUUGCCUCGCGAUGGACGGUCAAUCACUGAUGUCGCGAGAGCUAUCCAAGCGACUAGGAUAUUUCCAAGAGCAGGUCUUCAAGCCAUACAAGAAGCUACUAGACGACUUCCCCGAGGAGCGCCAAUACCAGCCUUUCUUCAUCGACCUCAAGGCUAUGCAAAUGGCUUACGGUAUCCGUAUGAUCUUCGAGGACGUUAUUAAAAACCUGAAACACGAAAAUGACGGACUCAUUUUCACGGCUCUCCAUAGCGAGUACAAACCCGGCACCGACCCCCAUAUCCUGAAGUGGAAGGACGCCGACGAGAACACAGUGGACUUCAUGUGGCGCCUGAAGUUUCCGCUAGUGGAACCCGACGAACAAGAGCGCGCCGAAGGCAUCACAGAGCCGUUUAUCGACUACGACAGCACACCCCCCGUCGAGCUCCUCGCCAACUACGGCAGUAACAGCUACCGCUACUUCGAUAACCUACAUCUCGAAGACGACGAGUGGGAGAUAUUAAAGACCUUAGGUGAAGCUCUCGACGAGCGUAUCGUGGAAGUGUAUAUGGAUAGCCAGAAGCGUUGGCGGUUUUACCGAUUCCGCGACGACAAAACCGAUGGUAACCACAUAUCCGUCGUGAACAGUGUGAUUCAGAGUAUAAAGGACGCGGUUACUCGCGAGGAGUUGCUUAAUCAUAGUAAGCACGUAAGAGAUAAUUGGAAGGCACGCGAGGCCCGUGAUAAGGCCCGGAAGUGAUAUUGAGCGGAGGAUAUUCGUCAUGACCAAAUAGAUGGCCAUGGGGUGAUAUGAUAACAAUUAAGAGCAGGAUCACUCAUCCAAAAGGCCGUCGGAAAUCGGCGGGUUCCCACCAGGAAAUUUAUGGGUUCAUGGCGUUUGUGUAGAAUUGAAAAAAGGGAGGGAACUGAAUACCAUCGGCUUUCCAUAAGGUAGAUUCUUUCGAUACCUCUUCCUUUUUCAUUAGAGUUAAAUUUGUUUUAAGCUACCUUGGCUUUUGCCUGCUAUAUACGCAGGAUAAUCAAAUCUACUAAUUUAUACGUAUUCAGCUUUAA